AUGUAUGACGAAUUUAUCACAAAGAACGCCGGCCAGGUAUCGCAGAUCGAGAGCGCCCUGCGGAGUUUAACAUACAUCAUACCAGGCCGUUUCCGCGAUGCCGAGAUAGCAUCCGAGUCGAUCCACUCGGGCGUUCAGCUCCUCUCCCUCUACCAUGACUCCCUCCUCCAGAAAGCCAUUGCGCGCUUGCCCAUGGCGUCUAUGCCGUCGGCGCAUGCUCGAUACACGCGACACUGGACCCAGCGGAGCAGCGCGUACCGCAGGAUAGCAAUGUUCCUGCAGAUGAUCAUUUACACCGAGAUGCUGUGGGAGAUGACAGCCAAGCGGCGGGGCGGGGAGCGGUCGCGGUGGAAGGUGGUUGUAAUACUUGAAGCACUCAAGGCGCUGUGCCGCCUCCUGCUCCUGCGCAUCACGCGGUCGCGGCCGCUGGUGACACCGGUGCUGCCUGAACGGGAGCCCAUCCCCGAGAAUGCGACAGCCGCGGCUGAGGAGGAAGAGCUGGCCUAUCGCAGCGAGAGUGAGCUGAUGGACGAUGUGUCGGCGAAUGGCUCCGACUCUGAAUCGACACACAUGAAACCGCCGCACGAGCGUGAGUGGGCCAUGCCCCGGACGGGCAUGAGCCUGCCGUCUCUGCCAGAUGCCGGGGAUAUCAGCUCGUAUCUGCUGGGACGCGUGCUGACGGCCGACGACAUCAAGCCGGCCACCAAGCUGCUCAACAAGCUCCAGGGGAGCAGCCACGGCGCCGAGAUCCUGCAGAUCCUGUCACCGCUCAUAUACGCUGCAGCCAUGGCGCACAACAGCAGACGAGGGGGCAGCAAGAAGGCCUGGGCGCCUUGGCUAAUUGGCUUUGCCGUCGAGUAUGCAGCGCGGCAGCUCCGGGAGCGCGGGCUACGGACAACGUCCCUGGAGCGGGAAGAGUGGAACAAGAGAGGCUGGGCGAUGGGAUGGUGGGCGAUGAGGGGCGCCUGCUACGAGAACAUCACCAAGGGGGUCGUAGGAGGAGUCAGCAAGAGGAUGCCGUCGUUCAUUGGAGGGAUCCUCGAGGACUACGAGUAUCUGUGGGAGAAUUACUACUUUAGCACGAGUGCGUAA